AUGAUGAUGAAAAAUAAAAUUCUAUUAACCACAACAUUUUGUAAUAAUAUUAAUUUUUCAAAUAAAUACUAUUAUUCUUCAUUUAAAGGUAAAAAGAAAAAUGAUUAUCCAAAUAAAAAUAAUAAUAAAACCAAAGAGAGAGUAGAAUUAGAAAAUCAAUUUAAAGAACAUAAUGAAAUAAUAACUGAACAAAAAGAAAAUCUACAAAAAGAUUUUGAAAUUUAUAAUGUCCUAAAUAAAGAAAAAGAUUUAUUUAAAUCAAUGUCAAGAUUAAAAAAUAAACCAACAAAUUCACCUUCUACUACUACUACUGCAACAACAACUUCAAAUAUUAAUCAAUCAUCAUCAUCAUCAUCAUCAUCAUCAUCAUCAAAAAAUAAUUCAAUGAAAAAAAAAACUCAAUUAAUGAGAGAUUUUAUUCAAGAAUCAUUAUAUAAUAAAGAUUAUGGAUAUUUUCAAACUAAAGAAGUUAUUAUACCAUCAGAUAUUGAAAUACCAAAAUUAAAUUCACUUGGAAAUUUUAAAGAAUAUACAAACUAUUUACAUUAUAUUUAUAAAAGUUUAGAACAUGCAUGGCUUACACCUGUUGAAAUUUUUAAACCUUAUUAUUCUUGGAGUAUUUCAAAUUAUAUAAUUGAGAAAUUUAAACAAAUUCAAAUUAAAAAUUCUGAUUCAAAAUUGAAAAUCUAUGAAAUUGGUGCAGGAUCUGGUACAAAUGCAUUGAAUAUUUUAAAUCAUAUUCGUGAUAAUCAUAAAGAAAUCUAUGAGAAUAUGGAGUAUAAAAUCAUUGAAAUUUCAAAACCAUUAGCUCAAAAACAGUUGACAAGAAUUAAACAAUCUCAUCCUAAACUAAAUAUAAAUAUCACCAAUGCAAACAUUUUAGAAUGGAAUCAAGCUGAAGAAAAAGAUGAAUGUUUUAUAAUCCUAACUGAAGUAAUAGAUAAUUUACCACAUGAUAAAAUUACUAUCACUUCCAAUGGGAUCUUUGAAUCGAUAGUAGAUAGCACAGUUUUUGAAACUGUUAAAGGAAAAGACAACAUAAUUCAAAAGAAACAAAUCUCUGGCUUCCAUUGCGAAGACUCCAGACCGCUAACCGACCCUAUCAUAAAGGAGUAUUUAGAAUACGAGAAAUCCAUGGAUUCCAACUCCCUUUCCUCAUUCAUAAAUAAUAUAAUCAAUUUCUACAAGGUCAAUAUUAAAUCAUUUUUCAAAGGUGACGAAACUAAAUACCUUCCAACAGUGUGUUUUAAACUGUUUCAAAUUUUCGCCUACUAUUUCCCCAAGCAUCAUAUUAUUUUAGCGGAUUUCGAUGAACUACCAUCAUUGGUAUCCGGUGAGAAUGCACCAACGGUUCAAGAGAAAAUACCAAUUACAACUGGUAAAAUCGAUAAUCCAUAUCAUAUUCUUGGUACAAAUAAACAUGGUUAUGAAUCGAUUGAAAGAGAUGAAAUUUUAGUUCAACCUGGAACUUGUGAUAUCUUUUUCCCACAUGAUUGGAAAAAUCUUCAUAAUAUGUAUUGUUAUACAAAUAAAGAUCGUCCAAAUUUUCAAUCAUCUCAAGUUACAUCUUUAAAACAUAAAAGUUUUAUUAAAAAAUAUGCUUCUGAAUAUUUAGAUAAAACUAAAACAAAAUCAGGUUAUAAUCCAAUGAUAAGUGAUUAUUCAAAUAUGUCAUUUUUAUUAUCUUAA